AUGUGUCCCAGCUCCGGACUUUUGUCUCUCGCUCAAUCGCAGCGAGUGCGUUCUCUCUACAAGACCAUUUUAAAAUUGCAUCGUGCUUUACCCUCCCAAUUGGCUGAAUUUGGCAAUCGGUAUGUCCGUGAGGAGUUUAGAAAGCACAAAGAUAAACCCGAGUUUAUGGACCGUUUUUUGUUUGAAUGGAGCAACUACGCCAUCGAACUCGCAAAGCAGGUACGUGAUUUGCCACGGAACCAAAGCAGUGUGAAAGGGACCUGCCCUCCUAUAGGCAAGGCAAUCCAAGAAUCAAACCUGGACCAUUUCUCCGAUGCACAAUUGCACCAGCUACUGAUCCUGGCUGAGGAGAUUCGUUCCGUCGCCUCACAGUGCCAUAAACCAUCAGAUCAGCCCAACGUGACUCAAUAGAGCUCUCUCAAACGUCAAUACUUUGACUCUGUUUCUUUCACCCUAUUGAUAGACAUCAUUGUGAGUUUUUCCACAGUUUUCGCGACUGCCGUAUAAAGACAUCCGAACUUCUUUCUUAUUUCAUUCCUAUAUCACAUUGUCUUUAUUUUGUGAGAUUUUGCGUUCUCUUCGGGUAAGUGUUUCUCUUAGCACCUUAUCUGAAAGGAUCUAUCGCAAACUCUUCUGUUUUACUACUUCAUUUAUUGUUUACUAUGCAUUUACCAGGCUGUAUCCAAAGAGUCCUGGUUUGAUCCCUGUUGGAUUAUUUGGUUGUAGGGCGCCUCCCUCACUGACGCUUUCUAUUUGUGCAGGCUUAUGGUGAGGAGUGGACCCAUUUCGUAUUCCUUUCAUUGUACAUGACACGAGUCAAUGUUUCCAUUCCGAUCAGUGGUUGUGCAGAAAUAUAUCUAACUACAGUUUUAAUGGAUAGUAACCCC